GCAGGGGAGGGGAGAACAGGUGGCCCCAGCCAGCACCAAGAGGGUGCAGGGAGCCAGGUCCAAUCCUGCAACUAGGACAGAAGACAUUGACCCCAAAGUCAGCCUCCAGCCUCAGAGCCCCCAGCACAUGGUCUGCACCUUCAGACAGGGCCCCUCCUCCAACUCAGAGCUAAGGUUUCGGGUGCUAGGGAGUAGAGUGGGGACAGAGCCCUGCCCCCACCCAUGGUGGGCAGGGGCACAGAGGAGGAAGAGCAGUUUUCUGCCUGGCUACUGGACCUCAGAAGUUGCCACACCCCUUCCCUUCCCUAGAAGCUUGACCCCUGAAGGAAAGGCAAGCUCUGGGGCUGCUCUUCCCCAUCUGCUUGCCGGGAGUCUGUGGGACCCUAUACUUCACUCCUAGUUUGGGGUCAGGGCAGGGCCUCUGCUUUCCCCCACCCUGGAGGAAAGGGAACCCUAAGUAGCGUGUAACUCAGGCACUGCCACCUCUGCAUGCCACUCAUAAUGAGGUCCUGGCAGCUCUGCUCCCAGAGCUGCUUAGCCUGGUUCUGCCAUGAUGCCUGCCCUAGAGCAUCCGCCUUCCCUCCCUGCCCUGGGAGACCCCAAGAGGCCAACAUGGACCAAACAGGGAUUAAAGGCCACAAGCUGAGAGAUGGGGCCAGCAGGGAGGAUGAUAGUUAAAUGAGAAAAUAAAGUGAAAGCAAGUCACGAGGCUCCUGGCCACCAAGAGAGGGUGUGGGGGUGGAACUGAUGACUUAGGAAGGCCCUUGUCAGCUGUGCAGGGGGGCACCCCAGGCCCUGGGGAUCUUCACCUAGGCCAAGAAGGACACAGGCAGGUGCAGUGGUGGGAAGGCAUUCAAGACUGCUCCAGGGGCACUGAAUGGCCACCCUGGCAUGGACUCUGGGAUCUGUGGUUGGCCUCACCUGGGGUGAGGGUGGGGGAAUCAGACUCCUAACCCUGACUUGAGGCGUCAGUGCCUCCCCUGUGAAACAUGGGUGUGGACACUGAGAUUGAGGCUGGCCCUCACCCCUUCCAGGGACCCCACAUCUCUGACACCCCAGCCCACUGCUGCCCCCCCGUUCCCCUCCCCCACUGGCACACCAGGCCCAAUUGGUUUCCACAGCCUUGUAGGGGAGAGGGAAGGAAGGCUGGGAAACCCUGGGUGGGGUACGGUGCCAGCUAGGGUUGGGGUGCUAGGGGCAGCACCCAGGACCAAGGAGCCACAGGUCCCCAGGAGGCUCAUGGCCCUCCUCACCCAUGCCUUGCUACAGUCCCACACCCUCAGAAAAUCCCACCCCAGUCAAAUCCUCUGUGCUGCAGACCUACUCAGCUGCACACAGGUUGGAAUCCUCCAGGGCCACCGGCAAAUCUGGACUUCUGGUGGGGAGCAACCCUCCUGCAGAAAACCCAGAACGGAGGAUGCUGGGGGACAGGGUCUGAAUGUCUGACCACCACCCUUAUGCAUUAACCCGGUAGCCCCAGACUCUUGGGGGCCCCAGCCCCCUUGGGAGGGGCCGGGAGCCGGAAACCAAGAAAGAGGAACCCAGACUUCCGGCUUCCCAGGGAGAGAACAGAUGGGGGGUGUCCCGGAACCUUCUGUGGAGAUCUCGUCUGGGGCCCCCUCCUCACUGACCCUGCCCCCGGUCCCAGCCCUGGUGUAGGCUGGGGCAGAGACUCUCAGGCUGUGGUGAGGGUCCGCGGAGCCCGGGCGACCUCCUCCACCCACCCAUGCCCACCCCACAUGAGACUGAGAAGCAGCACGUAGGGCCAGAGGAGGCAGACCAGCCCCCCUCGAUGUCCAGUCAUGACGCGGCCCCCCCGGCUGCCCCCAGCCGCAACCCCUGCUGUUUGUGCUGGUGUUGCUGUUGCAGCUGUUCCUGGAACGAAGAGCGGCGGCGAGCGUGGCGGGCCUCCCGGGAGAACAAGCUGCAGCCCCUCCCCAGCUGCGAGGCGUGCUCCACGCCGAGCCCGGAGGAGGUACGGAGCUGGGCGCAGUCGUUCGACAAGCUGAUGCACAGCCCGGCUGGCCGGAGCGUGUUCCGGGAGUUCCUGCGCACCGAGUACAGCGAGGAGAACAUGCUCUUCUGGCUGGCGUGUGAGGAGCUCAAGGCCGAGGCCAACCAACACGUGGUGGAUGAGAAGGCCAGGCUCAUCUAUGAGGACUACGUGUCCAUCUUGUCCCCCAAGGAGGUGAGCCUGGACUCCCGAGUGCGGGAAGGCAUCAACAAGAAGAUGCAGGAGCCGUCGGCUCACACAUUUGACGACGCGCAGCUGCAGAUCUACACGCUCAUGCACCGGGACUCCUACCCGCGCUUCCUCAGCUCCCCCACCUACCGUGCCCUGCUGCUCCAGGGGAGCUCCCAGUCCUCUAACGAGGCCUAGGCUGCCCACCGCAGCGGCACAGACAUGGGACCCCCUGGUGGGCACAGACUCGGUUAUCUGCACAAGUGUGUGUCCGCAGAGGUCCGGCGCACCAGCGGGCCGGCACCCCUGAGGGCACAGCCAGACAGGAGCCCCUCUCUACCCAGGGGACCUAGGACCCUGAGGUCCUGCUGAGAGGCAGGUGUGAGGGGCUGCCUGGUCUCAGGCUCCCCAAAAAGCUCCCAGGUGGGCUCCUACAUGGGGAGAGGGAGACCUCCCAGGGGGUGUCGUGGACCCACUGCCUCACUUAGGCCUCCUCCCCCAAGCCACUGGGGACCUUGAGAAAUGCCUCUGGUGGGCAGUAGAGCCUCUGUCUGCCUGGUUGUGUCGGGCGGAGAUCCUCGAAAUCAAGCUGUCUGCACCCAGAUCAGACCCAGAACCUCAGAACUAGGCUCAAGGCAACAGGAGCCAGUUUCUUUUUUAUAUUUUCAUUAAUUUUAAACCUGGAAACAUGUCCUUACUGUAUUUUAUCAAAAAAUGAAAAAGAUGUUUUCAUAUUUAUCUCCAUUCUUCUCCAUCCAAAAUAGGUUAUUAUUGAAGUUA